AUGGUGCUACCAGCCUUCCAGAACCUUUACAUAGGUCAGAAUGGAAAGCCAUGGAGCUUCAAACUUCGUGGCAUGGGUGGAAAGGUCAAGGCGCUCUUUUUCCUCGCAACUAUCGUCUGGCUCAUGCGAAUGGCCGUACAAAUCCGUCCCUCACUUUCACCCAUGUUCGGCAUGCACGUUCGAGCGCUCGAUGCUGCUGCCCACGACAUCUGGACCGACUACAUCCUCUCACACCCUGUCGAGGCGGACGAGCGAUACGGCUUUAGGGAGAUGGGCUUCCGCGCACAUGCUUACGCAGAACUAGCUCGCACCCACCAAAUUGGACGACUCGAAAGGAUCGAAGAGAAGCUUUGGUCCUUCGCACCAGGCGCACCCGAGAUCCGAAGGAAAGCGCUUCAAGUGGAUCCCAUCAAUCCCGAACAGCAGGUCUCGAGCAACGAUGCAACCAGCGUUGACGCCAAGGUUAGGGCCAUCCUCAAGAAAUCCGGAAGUCUGACGACCAAUCAGACUUCUUCAUUGCUCGCCGAGGCUCAAAGGGAAGACGAGGUGAGAGGCGGUAAAAGGCGAGGCAUCGUCAUUACCGUGACCCGAUACACGGCACUUGCAGCCUUGCAAAAUGUGCAGACUAUUCGAGAGCUGCAUGGUUGUCUUCUUCCCAUCGAGGUCUACUAUCACACGGAUGACGAGAUGCCCAGCGCACUUGCCGACUUGUUCAGGGACAUCCCUCGUGUCACCGUCAUUGACUUGGAAAAGCUGCCUCUCUUCACGAAUGAGCUCGAAAAUGAAGGCGGCCAUCACCCUGGACUGAAAGAGGUCUGGUCGCGAGAGUCUCUAGCUUUGCUCGCUUCGUCGUUCCAGGAGAUCAUUAUUGUCGAGCCACAAGUCGUCUUCCUUCAGAACCCAUCCCUGCUCUUGUCUCAUCCCACCUUUGCGAGCACCGGUACCCUCUUCUUCCGCGCGGAAGCUACGCCUGUCGAUCGUGCAUCGCAGUAUCUUGUUGCUUUCCUCAAACGUCAAAUCGACCAAGGCGCACCCUCGCAGCAGCUCGCCGAAAGCGCCUUCUUUUCUCACUCGAUCGGCUCGAGGAUGGACAUGGACGUCGUUGUUCUUGACAAGUCGAGACCUGGUGUCCUUGCUGCGCUUUUCAUGAACGCCUGGAUGAGGAGGAAGCCGGUCUUGGCCAUGUUCUGGGGUGCUUACCCAAAGAUGAUGAACGAAGGGCUUUGGCUUGCCUUUGAGCUGGCUCAGAUUGCCUACGCUUUCGAAAACACCUGGCCAGGUGCCAUCGGUCGAUUUGAUGGUGAAUGGGACGACCACUCGCCUCUCCUCUGUGCUCCUCGAACCAUUCAAUUCCUCUCGCCAGAAGCUGCUCAUGAGAAACUUUCGCGCAAGUACUUCUCGCUCUUUCAGUCGCAAGGAUCAAAGAAGAACAGAGUUAAAGGCGUGAAGGGAAGACUGUCGCAGAACGCUGCCGGCGAAAAGCCUUUCUGGUUCCACGGUGGCUACCUUAUUCCUGGGCAGGAGAAGGAGAGCUACUUUACACCCAACGUCUACGCUAGGAACGUGCCACCUUAUACAACAGCCGACGCAGCCGACUCAAACAACUGUCUCUAUGGCGCAACGCUCAACAGGCUCAAGGACACGAUGAUUCCUUCGACUCUGUCAAAGGCUAUCGAUGUUGCCCACGACACCUUCAAGAAAUACCGUCCCACGUUGAUGUAUCACUCCCCAAUUCCGGCUCUUCAGGCCGAGAUGGACGUGCCUAAGAAGAAGAAGAAAGAGUGA